CAGCAUCCAUGUCGGCGCAUGGAAGCUCUGGAUCCAUCAAGAGGGGCAGGCCGUGAUGGAGAUAGCUUGCAGAACUUGGUGGAAACAUUAACGAAACCUCCAACCCGUUUUUAUCUGCGCCAUACACCCAGCACGCCGCCUCGGACCAGAACGACGUGGCCUUCUCUGCCGUUGCCUCCGGAUUCUACGCACCAAGCCUCCCUUUCAGCGUGGUCAGCUGAGAUGCCGUUUGCGCAACUCGUUGUUGGGGCGCCAGGCUCAGGCAAAAGCACAUACUGCUAUGGAAUGCAUCAGUUUAUGGGAGCCAUCGGCCGCAUGAGCUCUGUCGUCAACCUGGAUCCAGCCAACGAUCGCACGAAUUACCCAUGCGCCCUAGACAUUCGCAACCUGGUCACUCUCGAGGAGAUCAUGUCCGACGACAAACUCGGACCCAACGGCGGUAUUCUCUACGCACUCGAGGAGCUCGAGCACAAUAUGGAAUGGCUAGAGGAAGGCCUCAAAGAACUCGGAGAGGACUAUAUCAUAUUUGACUGUCCAGGUCAGGUUGAACUGUACACGCACCACAACUCGUUGCGCAACAUUUUCUUCAGGCUACAGAAGAUUGGAUAUAGGCUCGUCGUGGUACACUUGUCGGAUAGCAUCUGCCUAACCCAGCCGUCGCUCUACAUCUCAAAUCUUCUCCUUGCCCUGCGCGCCAUGCUGCAGAUGGACCUUCCACACAUCAAUGUCCUGAGCAAAAUCGACAAGGUCGCUUCCUACGAGCGCCUCCCAUUUAAUCUCGAGUUCUAUACAGAGGUACAAGACCUCACGUAUCUGCUACCAGAGCUCGAGGCCGAGAACCCGUCACUCCGAAGCGAAAAGUUUGCUAGGCUCAACCGGGCCGUCGCGAACCUGAUCCAAGAUUUUGGCCUUGUCGGCUUCGAGGUACUGGCCGUGGAGAACAAGAAAAGCAUGAUGCAUCUGCUCCGUGUGCUCGACCGCGCGAGCGGUUACGUGUUUGGUGGCGCCGAGGGGGCCAACGACUCGGUCUGGCAGGUCGCAAUGCGCAACGAGGCCUCGCUCAUGGGCGUCCAAGACAUCCAGGAGCGCUGGAUCGACAACAAGGAGGCGUACGACGAGAUGGAGCAGCGCGAGUGGGAGGAGCAGGUCAGAGCCCGCGCCGAAGCGGCAGACGCUGCUCAGGCUGCCGACGACGACGGCGACGCCAUCAUGGACGUCCCCCGGGGUAUACCAAAUAGUGGUAUCACGGUGACGCGCACCAAGAAGUGAGCGAGCGCUUGUCUGUUCUUGGCGAGACCGAGACCUCUUAUUGCCAAUCGCACACAAAGACUCUUCGCCACAUGCCCUGCGCAGAUCGACAUAGGUUAGAUAUGUCCCUGCAUCGUUCUCAGUCGUCCUCUUUGAGGCCGGCGGGUUCGGGUUCGUCGUCUUCUUGGGCGCCUAAAAGGACACCCCGCAUCCGGUCCUCGGCCGACUUGCCGCCGAACAGCGUUUCUAGGACGUCAGAUUCGGACCCGGCCAUUUGCUUUUCGACGGCGAGCACAAGGGCCUUGUGGCGGCGUAUGGCGGCGAUCUCGACUUUGCGCAUGGUCCCGCCGACGUGGAUAACGCGGAACGUGCAUGGCAGCCCAUUCUUGAUGGGCACACGGUCCAUGAAGGUAAGGGCGGCCCAAACGAGGCGGUAAUGUUCGCGGUGGACUCUGAGAAUGAAGGUUGACGUAGCAUUGGACAAGUAUUUGACUAUUUUAGGGGCGUCGCCAAAAAGGCACCAAAACUGUUAGCUAGUCGACAGAGCAUCGCUGACCAUGAUGCCAGGCAGGUGGUAGGGGCCUAUAUGAGAUGAAAACCCACGCUGAAGCCCACGCUCAAUCAGUCCAGAGCCGUAGUCUCCAAAGAUAGAAUUGACCUGCGCCCUGACGGCUCGCAAGAUGGCUUGGGGGGUCAGGUCGUUGGUUGUCGGACGAUGCAGAACAGCUAGGUCGGGCUCGCCUGGCUUGGAGUCCUUGAGCGCAUCCGGGUACAGGAUGUUGACGAGGAGAUAUCUCUCUUUUAUGCGCACCAUGGUGAGCUUGGUGGUAGGCUGGACUUGACUGCUUUGUCACGAAUUGCCAACAACUAGCGGUCGGGUUGAGCUGGAGAAAUGCACGGAUUCCAGUUGGCUUGUGACGCGACGCGGAGCUCAAAAAAAGAUUCAAUUGAGCUGCCUGCGCCGUCUCCAAUUCUACCUCCCCACUGUGGGGCCAAAGUAAACGGACCCCGCAUGUCAUCAUCGCCUCCUCUUGCAAUGACAGCCGACGGCUGAGUGAGAGCAGUGCGCUAGCAAAGCUGGGUGAGAGAAAACUGGUGUGUGAAUGUAUUCAAGGUCGUGAUCUAGGUAGUGCCUCGCAUGCUCUUGGCUGGUUAUGUCACAACCCCAGAUUCCGCAGAGAUGGUCUUUAUAGAUCAAUAAGCAGCACCUA